AUGUCUAUCGGUCGCUAUACACGGCUGGACGAGAUCGGGCGCGGGAGCUUUGCCACUGUCUACCAGGGUGUGCAUACGAAAUCUCGUACAUAUGUCGCCAUCAAAUCCGUCAACCUGUCCAAGCUCAACAAGAAGCUCAAGGACAACCUCUCCUCCGAGAUCGAUAUCCUCAAGGGUCUGCACCACCCGCACAUCGUCGCCCUCAUCGACUGCCAUGAGUCCGUUUCGCACAUCCACCUCGUCAUGGAAUACUGCGCCCUGGGCGAUCUCUCGCUCUUCAUCAAGCGCCGUGACUCCCUCGCCGAUCACCGCUACACCCGGGACAUGAUCGCCCGCUAUCCAAACCCGCGCGGCGGGGCCCUCAACGAGGUGGUCGUGCGACACUUUCUCAAACAACUCGCCAGCGCCCUCAAGUUCCUCCGUGAUCGUAACCUCAUCCACCGUGACAUCAAGCCCCAGAACCUCCUCCUCUGCCCCUCCCCGACCUCCUACCGCGCGGGCGUGCCCCAGACCGUCGUCCCCUUCAAGGGCAGUGAUGACUCCUUCGAGCCCAUCACCGGCCUGCCCUCUCUCCCCAUGCUGAAGAUUGCCGAUUUCGGCUUCGCUCGCUCCCUACCCGCCACCUCCCUCGCCGAGACCCUCUGUGGCUCCCCGCUCUACAUGGCCCCGGAGAUCCUCCGCUACGAAAAGUACGACGCCAAGGCCGACCUCUGGUCUGUUGGUACCGUCCUCUACGAGAUGGUCGUCGGCAAGCCGCCCUUCCGCGCCACCAACCACGUCGAGCUGCUGCGUAAGAUCGAAAAGGGCGAGGAUCGGAUCAAGUUCCCCGAAGAAAAUCCGGCCUCGGCCGACGUCAAGGAGCUCAUCUGCGCCCUGUUGAAGCGCAAUCCCGUUGAACGCAUGUCCUUCCCGGACUUCUUCGCCCACGGUGUCAUCACUAGUGACAUUCCAGGCCUCGUCCCCGAUGAUCGACCCCGUCGUCCUUCCUCCACAGACGUGCCCACCACCACCACUACAAUAGUACCGGGUAAUGCUGACCCUUCAUCUCUCGAGAGUGACCGCCGGGAAGAGGCCUCAGUCGCCCCUGUCCCCGCCGCCACUACCACCAACCCGACAUCCAGGCCACAUCCCCCGCGGAUACGCUCGGGCACGCCACCGACUGUUGCGGCAACGGCGAUGCGACGUACAGGGAGCACCGAUCGUCCCUCGGCUUACGAGCAGCAGCAGCAGCAGCAGCAGCAGCAGCAGCAGCAUCAUCAACCACCCCGAGCAGUGGCUCCCUCGAUAGCACCGGUGAUGGUGGCAAAUAAUCAUCAACGACCCCCGGUUGUUUCGCACGCCACCGCCCCUGGUCGACAGGAACUGGUCGAUCAGCACACGGCGGCAGCAGCCAUUAUGGAACGACAGCGUAGCCGCAACACUUACUCGGCUGGGUCGCCCCUGGCCGACCAAGACGCCCGAGACGAAAGGGAGCGAGCGGCGCAAGAGGUAGCCUUCGAACGGGACUAUGUCGUCGUUGAGAAACGGGCGGUCGAGGUAAAUGCCUUUGCCGAUGAGCUGGCACACAGCCCUCGUAUCCAGGGAGGAUUCCCCAGGUCCGGGGCUCACCCUGCUGGAGGAGUCAUCCCGCGACGUGCCACUACGCAGGGGCUUCUCACCACGACGACGGCACCCACGGCGCCCACGACGGCUCAUGGAUCCUCCUCCCCUCAUCAAUCAUUGGCAACCGCCAAGGCCAUGCAGGUCAUUCCCGGGCGAUCCCGGGCGGAUUCGGCUCACCAUCGCCAAAGCUCCUACGAGCGGCGGUACGGACAGAGCCCCACGUCAGCGACUUCGGCCAUCUCCAAGGCCCUGCACAUGGCCAGUGGCCGGCUGUUCGGCGUGGGCUUCUCCCCCCCGCUGGCCAUCAACAAGGGCGGACGGUCGCCGCCCAUGGGGUAUAACGCGUUCCCCGCCUACCCGACCACACAGGGCAGUCUCCUGAUCGUCGGAGACGGGGCCAAGACGAACGUCGCCCUCGACGAGGAUGCCAAGACGGUCCAGAUCAUCGAGGAGUGUGCCACACGUAGCGAUGUGGUCUAUGGCUUCGCCGAAGUCAAGUACCGGCAACUGAUUCCCCUGGCUCCAUCCGUAACCGAGACGGAAAAACGGGGGCCUGGGCAGCAGCAGCAGCAGCAACAACAGCAUUCUGGGGGAGAAGAUUCGGCCGACAGCGGCCUUACGGUGGAUGCCAUUGUCACCUUAUCGGAGGAGGCCCUGGUGCUCUACGUCAAGGCACUGUCGCUACUGGCCAAGUGUAUGGAUAUUGCGGGCAUCUGGUGGGCGCGCAAGAACCGCGCCGACGCCUUUGGAGACGCGAACGCCAGCGCCAUUGCCAGCAACCGCAUCAAUAACAUCGUCCAGUGGGUCCGUAACCGAUUCAACGAGGUGCUCGAGAAGGCCGAGUUUGUCCGCCUGAAGCUGGUCGAGGCCCAGAAACGCCUGCCUCGGAGUCAUCCGAGCCAUCCGAAUAACCACCACUUCCUGGGCGCUGCCGCCGGUCCCGCGGGCUCGAUCGACGUCGUCGUUAGCUCGGGAGUCACGGCGGAGAAGCUCAUGUACGACCGUGCCCUGGAGAUGAGCCGCGCGGCCGCCAUCAAUGAGCUCACGGGCGAGGACCUGGCCGGCUGUGAGAUCGCUUACGUGACCGCCAUUCGCAUGCUGGAAGGCGUCCUGGAAGACGACGAGCUUCCCCGUUCCGGUUCCUUCAAGGAUACCGACCGCCUGGCCCUCGACGGCGUGCCUGUCGAAGACCGCAAGGUGGUUGUCAAGCUCGUCUCCAGCAUGCGUGGCCGCUUGGCCUCCCUGCGCAAGAAACUCGCAUUGAUAGCUAAACAGGUGCCUGCUCCCGUUGGCGCCAUGGGCAAGAUCUCCAACCUUGCCCCGGCGACGCAGACGAUUGAGGCUGCAGUGCAGGAGUAA